AUGACGGGGAAGUCCCAAGCAACCACGACAAGUUCGAAGCGCGCCAUCACGCCCGGUCCAUCGGUGCGAGGGACCGACUCCAAUCCCAAGGCUCUGCAGAUGCUUAUCAAGCGCUCCGAGGAGCACUCGCCACCUUUCGUCAUUCUCGAUCAAAGUAUCGACGAGGUGCGCUCAGGAAGUGCUGACCACGACAGUCUGACACGCAUCAUCAAAUCGAAUGCGCGCCAGAAUGCCAAGACGUACUGGGUUCGCGUUUCGUCCGUUGGUCCGCGCGACGCACGCGCAUAUCGAUGGGUUCGAUGGACAAACUCCAAUCGCAACGGCAAACACCUUUUCCACACGAUCAUGAAGCUACAUCACCCCCUUGCGCUGCGUCGUCGCAGCCAAAAUUGGGGCUUACACAACCUCGGGGGCCUCAUUCCGUUGCGCAAUUUGGAGGAGCCGGUCCAAAUUCGUUGGCUACGCAAUACGCGCGAGGCCGUGCCUGUCGGUAGUGCGGAACGUACCAGUCUGGAGGCUAAGCUGCAAAGACGCUUUCACAUCGAUCGAGACGUUUUCAGUGUUGUUGUUCAGAGCGUCGGAGAGCGCGACGCCGAGAACUUUAGGGAUGUGCACUUUCUCGCUGCUGAUGGCUCCGGCCAUGCUGCGCUGGACACGACGAUUCGCGUUUUUCAUCCACCUCCGCCUGGCAGCGCAGAUCAAAGAAGCACGCGACUUCUCUCGCGAGCCGUCAUUCGAAACCCGGUCCUUGGGGAGACGAUCCCCCUCAGACCGCCAGGUACGCCAGCUUACGUGCACUGGAGCCAAGAAGCAACGAAUGUAGUGCCGUAUCACCAUCCUGAGUGGAAUGCACUUAAGGAGAAGAUUUUGAAUCAUGUCAACCAAGAUCCAAUGAUCCACCGAGUCGUCGUCGAGUCGGUGGGCCCUAGGAACGCUCAUAAUCAUCGGCGCGUCAGCCUCACAGGGCUCGAUUACAGAUGGCGUGCUAUCAUGACAGACACUCAAAUGUUUCACCAUCCCCCAAUCCGCACGUAGCGAAGGCUGGGCGUCAGAGCUUUGAGCCGACCGACGCUAGCCGGGUCGCAAGAGGGCACACCUCGACGAGCUGCAAGUGAUGUAUCUCCUUCGGAGGCUUGGCUCCCUUCCGCACUCACUUUGGUACCCGAGCACGACAAAGCCAACCUAGAGCGUCGCAUCAUCGCCUAG